AUGGGGAAACAAAAGACUUCCAAAGCAGCCAAAUCCCAGCCCACCACCACCACCACCGCCACACCACCACCACCCCCCGCGUGGCCAAGGUUCACGCCCCGGCUGCCCGUCGUCGACCUCGCACCCACGCCGCACCCGCGGACCGCCCGCGUCGUCACCGUCGACGGCUUCUUCCCGCGGUCGCUGUGCCGCGCCUACGUCGCGCUGCUCUCCACCCUCGCGCUGCAGACCACCCCCGGCACGCCCCGCCGCGGCGACGCCGUCCGCGUCAACGACCGCCUGCAGGUGCACGACGCGGCCUUGGCGGCAGCGCUGUGGGAGCGCACCCGAACAUCAGGGUGUACCGGUACACCAAAGGCCAGUUCUUCGACUGUCACUGUCCAGGCACGCACCACAUGGACGCUCCUUCUAUACCUCACCUCCGCCGCCGAGGGCUGCGUCGGCGGCGAGACCGUCUUCUACCCGCACGACCGCCAGUCCGACGCCGACGCCAUUCCCGUGGCGCCGCGGACGGGUACGCUGCUGCUGCACAAGCACGGCGACGACUGUCUCCUGCACGAGGGAAAAGAGGUCCGCGCAGGAGAGAAAUGGGUGCUGAGAACAGAUUUGUGUAUUAAGCGCUAG